AUUUUCACUUGUGUAUCUCAUACCUGUGCUGUUUUGAUUUGCAAAGUAAAUAAGAAAGUGCAUUAGGAUAUAAGAUGUCGCACAAAUCCUGUGUGGAACUAAGUGAAAUCCGAAAACUGGAUAAAAUAGUUCAGCAAUGUGAGCUCUAUAUGUCUAACAACAAUAUAGACGAUCCUGUUAAGAAGCCGCCGUUGAAGGAAUUCAAAAGGAACUGCCUGGCAAAAUCCAAUAAAUUCGUGGAGAGGGAACUCUUCUCCCUUAUGUGCAAUCUGAAUAAAAUUGAAAAGAAACAAGUCUUCGUUUCGGAUAUCCUCAUAAAUGCCAGCAUGUUUGACGACAAGAAGGAAAGCUUGACGAGAUUUCCGAAAAAUGUGGCUGACCAUAGCAAUCUUGUGUAUCACAAGUUCAUGAGAGCUAGCCCGACCAAUGAUGAUGACUCGAUAGAACUGAAAACAAGGGGUAUCCCUAAGGGCGAACAGGUUUCCAAGAGUACGGCAGAUUGCUUCUUCUCGCCGUUGCUAAUCAAAACUAAUAAUAAAAAGGAUGGCUUUAAGAAGGUCAAAGGAAAUAAGAGCGAGAUACAUUUUGAGCCAAAUAACAUCUCGAUUCAAUCAAAAAAGCACUUGGGUUCAAAACUACCCAAGAAAUGCAUAAAAUGUGAUAAGAAAAAAUUGUAUAUCAAAAACUAUCAGAGCUCGUCCAGAAGGGAGUGCGAUUUGCUUUGUUCUUAUGAUCCAUUGCGCAAAAACAACGAUAUUUUUCAAAGCCACAAAGGGAAUAGUAACUCCUAUGAGUGUAUGUUUAAAAACAAUAAGUACGUUCCAAAUGAUAAAUCAGCCGAGAAUGCUCUGGGGGAUCACUACGAUGACAUGUUGGACAAGGAGGCACUUUUGGGAUCCAAGAGCGAGCCAAAAAUGCAAGAAGCUACUGAAACGAUCCUGUCCCUGGGGGGAAACAUUCUCGACCAGAAGUUGCAAAACAAUUACUACCACAAGUGGACCCUCCUGCACUAUUCACCUUUUAAAGCUGUCUGGGAUUGGGUUAUUCUAAUUCUGGUCAUGUACACGGCGAUUUUCACUCCUUAUGUAGCAGCCUUCCUUCUUGGAGAACAGGAUUACCAAAGAAGAAACAAUAAAUACAUAAACUCGGACCCCAUUGUCAUAAUUGAUUUAAUAGUGGACGUUACGUUCAUCGUAGAUAUUAUAAUAAACUUUAGAACCACUUUUGUGAAUGGACAAGACGAAGUGGUAUCCCAUCCAGGAAGAAUAGCAGUCCAUUACUUAAGUGGUUGGUUUUUGAUCGAUCUGGUAGCAGCUGUGCCUUUUGAUUUACUUUUAGUGGGAAGUGAUACCGAUGAGACUACUACGUUAAUAGGACUGCUCAAAACAGCUCGACUUUUGCGAUUGGUUCGGGUAGCCCGUAAAAUAGAUCGUUAUUCGGAGUACGGUGCUGCCGUUCUUAUUUUACUGAUGGCCACUUUUAUAUUAAUUGCCCAUUGGUUGGCUUGUAUUUGGUAUGCCAUCGGUAAUGCAGAAAGAUCGAUUGCAUCGAAGAACAUCGGUUGGCUGCAUUCCCUGUCAUAUGACAUUCAAGAGCCCUAUUUCGAAAACAAAACUGGUGGGCCCUCCAUAAAGUCUCGAUACAUCACAGCAUUGUAUUUCACAUUCACAUCACUCACAUCCGUUGGCUUCGGAAAUGUAGCCCCCAAUACUGAUGCUGAAAAAGCUUUUACCAUAUGUGUCAUGCUCGUUGGAUCUCUUAUGUAUGCAUCCAUUUUCGGAAAUGUGUCGGCAAUAAUACAAAGACUUUACUCGGGAACUGCAAGAUAUCAUACACAAAUGUUACGCGUUCGGGAAUUUAUACGAUUCCAUCAGAUCCCCAACCCAUUAAGACAAAGACUAGAGGAAUACUUCCAACAUGCAUGGACUUAUACGAAUGGAAUAGAUAUGUCAUCGUUAUUGAAAGGAUUUCCUGAGUGCCUUCAAGCAGAUAUUUGCUUGCAUUUAAACAGAAAGCUGCUAACAACCUGCGCAGCCUUUUCAGAUGCCAGUCCUGGUUGCUUAAGAGCUUUCUCCCUCAAAUUUAAAACAACUCAUGCGCCACCUGGGGACAUUCUGGUCCAUAGAGGGGAUGUACUUACCUCUUUGUUUUUUAUUGCAAGAGGGUCUAUUGAAAUUCAACGAGACAGCAAUAUGAUUGUUGUAUUAGGGAAGAAUGAUAUAUUCGGGGAGAACCCUUGUAUAUAUCCCACCCUUGGAAAGUCAAAUGGUGUUGUUAGAGCCCUAACUUACUGCGAUAUCCACAAAUUACACAGAGAUGACUUGCUGGAUGUUCUAGACGCAUAUCCAGAGUUUCUCGAAAGCUUCGUAAAUAACUUGGUCAUUACCUACAAUAUGAGAGAUGAUGAACACAGCGGUGUUGAUAUUAAGCAUCGCUACUUGCGGGCAAAGUCAUCCGAUAAAAUGCGGAGCUCGGCCGAUAUACCUUCGAUAAGGAUAGUUGGACUCCGUUAUAAGAAACAUAAUGUUAACACAUCUGUGCAUAAAGUUAAAAAUGAUAAUUCUCGCGACUUGAAUAUUUUCAUAGAAAAUGAAAUAGCAAACUAUCAUUUAGAUUUGUUUGAUAACAACAACUAACCAUAUUUAGCACAAUUUUUAAUAAAUUUAUAUUCAAAUAUGUGCA